AUGACAUUCACCCUCUACGGUUAUGACGGCAACACGCGAUCCCGCGUGGUUCGCAUCGUGGCCGCCGCGGAAGGGAUUGAGCUGAAUCACUUCGAAGUGAUCCCUCGUCGUGGCGUGAACAAGGCAGAGUAUAUGGCGAGGUUUCCCCGCAGCCAGGGCAAGAUCCCAGGGCUGGAGGGCCCGAAUAUCAAAUUGACUGAGACGUUGAGUAUUGCUAUGGUAAGUACUCAUCUCACUGCUUUCCUACGUCGCUUAUUGGUUAUUCUGGCGAUAUUAACGAUCUGCUACGUCCGUGAUCAGUAUCUCGCCUCCAUUCACGGGAAAGCCAAAUUACUCGGCGAUGGCAGCCCCGAACAAACCGCGGAGAUUAUUUCAUGGGCCAGUUGGGCCAAUCAGGAGUUUCUGCCGACAGCUGCUCAAUGGUUCCGGCCAUUGAUCCCCUCUCCCACCGACCAGGCGCCUUAUAACAAGGACGCCGUUGAAGCAGGGAAGAAGAAAACUCUCGAUAGUCUUGAAUAUCUCGAGAAGCAUCUGGAGGGUCGACAGUAUCUUGUCACGGACCAUAUUACCCUAGCGGAUAUCAUGCUCGUAGUAUAUGUCUCGCGACUGUUUGAGUGGGUUCUUGGUCAGCAGUGGAGGGAUGAACAUCCUGCUAUUAUGCAGUAUUUUGAGAAUGUGGUAAAACAUGAUGCUGUUAGACAGGUUAUUCCAAGGGAGGAUCUUAUCUUUAUUGAGGAAGAGACUCCGAUUGAGGAUCCGAGGUUGAGAAGUGUCUAG